AUGGCUACCCAGCUAGUCUCUCUGGCGGAGGUGGAGAGGCUCAGCGCCUCGGUCGUACGGAUAUUGGGGGGCAAUCCCGGCAAGUUCACUCUGCAAGGCACGAAUACGUAUCUAAUCGGGCGAGGUCGUCAACGCAUCCUCAUUGACACCGGUCAGGGUGAACCCUCCUGGGCAGCUCGGCUUAAGUCUCUUUUGGCAGAAGAGAAUGCAACUGUGCAUCAGGCGCUCCUCACGCAUUGGCAUCCAGACCAUGUCAAAGGCGUUCCUGACCUCUUAGCAUUAUGUCCGGACGCUAUCAUCUACAAGAAUGAUCCAGACCUCGGCCAAGAGAGCAUUGAAGACGGUCAGAUCUUCAGUGUUGAAGGUGCAACACUACGAGCAUACCAUACCCCGGGUCAUACGGUGGACCAUAUGAUGUUUGUUCUUGAAGAAGAGGAUUCAGUCUUUACGGGCGAUCAUGUCUUGGGCCAUGGCACGAGUGUCUUUGAGGACCUUUCGUCCUAUAUAUCUAGCCUAAAGCGAAUGCAGAACCGGGUUUCGGGUCGCGGCUAUCCUGGCCACGGAGCUGUUAUCGAGAAUGCGACAGCAAAGAUCACAGAGUACAUCAAGCACCGCCAACAGCGAGAGGAUGAAGUGGUUCGCGUUCUCCGAUAUAAUCACCUCGAUGUCGCAGAUGGGGAAGCAUCGCCGGAGCGUAAACGGUCCUGGACCCCACUGGAACUAGUCAAGGUGAUUUACAAAGAUGUGCCGGAAAGCCUUCAUCUGCCUGCAUCUAAUGGAGUGUUGCUUGUUCUGAAGAAAUUAGAGGACGAAGGCCGGGUAAGCCGAGAUGCUGAUGGGCGAUGGGUUCUGGAAACUGGACGAUCUGCGCUUUGA